CAAAUCCAUCUCCAUCAGACCCCUAGACCCCAUCAUCAACCUCUCUCGGUGUCUCCUCUCCCUAGUCCACCCCGCGCCUCGUUCACUCCGCCGCCGUCCCCUCCAUUCCUCCGCCACCGCCAGCCCACCUGCAUUCCACCAAAACCCACCACGCCCUCUAUAAAUAAAUACGCGCACGCAUACACGCCACUACCACCACCGCCGCCUCCCCAGCCCCCAGAUCUCGACCCCCCAUCUGCAAUGGCGGCCGCAUCGUCGCUCCACGUCGCCGCCCCGGCCGCCACCCCGCGGGUGGGAUCCGCCGGCCCCAAAUCCGCAUCAGCGGCGAGGAGCGUGCGCGUGGCCAGAUCGGGCGCGGGGGCGCGUCCCGGAGGCAGGCUGGUGGCGUGCGCCGCCGUUGCAACCAAGGCUGAUGCGCCGGCGAGUGAGGCGGCGUCCAAGUCUGAAGGUCAUGAGGUCUUGCUGUUCGAGGCUCUUCGCGAGGGUUUGAUGGAAGAGAUGCAAGCAGAUCCAACGGUGUGUGUCUUUGGUGAAGACGUCGGUCACUAUGGUGGUUCUUACAAGGUGACCAAGGGUUUGGCUGAUAUGUUUGGAGACCUUCGGGUUCUUGAUACACCUAUUGCUGAGAAUUCAUUCACGGGCAUGGGAGUUGGAGCAGGCAUGAAGGGGCUGAGGCCUGUUAUUGAAGGCAUGAACAUGGGCUUCCUUCUCCUUGCUUACAACCAAAUCUCAAACAACUGCGGCAUGCUUCAUUACACCUCUGGCGGCCAGUUCAAGAUACCACUUGUGAUCCGAGGUCCUGGUGGUGUUGGUCGUCAGCUUGGUGCAGAGCAUUCACAGCGUCUAGAGUCAUACUUCCAGUCAAUUCCUGGUCUCCAGAUGGUUGCUUGCUCUACUCCUUACAAUGCCAAGGGUUUAAUGAAGGCUGCGAUAAGGAGCGAGAACCCUGUCGUGCUAUUUGAGCAUGUACUUCUGUACAACCUGAAGGAGAAAAUUCCUGAUGAGGAGUAUACGCUAUGCCUGGAGGAGGCUGAGAUGGUACGGCCUGGUGAGCAUGUGACUAUCCUCACAUACUCGCGAAUGAGGUACCAUGUGAUGCAGGCUGCAAAGACGCUGGUGAACAAAGGGUACGAUCCAGAGGUGAUUGACAUAAGGUCGUUAAAGCCAUUCGAUCUGCACACAAUAGGUAACUCCAUCAAGAAGACCCACCGCGUGCUGAUUGUGGAGGAGUGCAUGCGCACUGGCGGGAUCGGCGCCAGUCUGAGGUCGGCCAUCAUCGACAACUUCUGGGACUACCUCGACGCCCCCAUCAUGUGCCUGUCAUCUCAGGAUGUGCCGACCCCGUACGCCGCAACUUUGGAGGAUGCGACAGUCGUGCAGCCUGCCCAGAUUGUUGCUGCUGUCGAGCAAAUAUGCCAAUAGGGCAUCAUCUGUUUCAGCAUCGUUAAUUUGUAUCUGCCCUGGCUUGGAAGAACCUUUAAUUUGUCAUUUUUGCCUUGUAGCGAGGUGUUCAUUGUGGUAUAGGCUUUGUAUCCAUUUUUUAUUCCUGCUUGAGUUAACACUUCAGCUACAUAACUGUACUGUAUCAUGCUGAAUGCUACUAGGGGUCUGAACUCGGGUUUAUUGGAAGAAAUCUUUGAAUAUCCUGGGCAAGA